AUGAAUCGAGAUGAAGUGAUGCAAUUUGUUGUCCUUGUGGCCAUUUUCACCACCUCUGAAAGCCACUCUGCAGGAAAUGGCGAAUCAUUAAAUACACAACGUCAGCUUACUAUCUAUAUUCCUUCUUUUGAUUCGUUGUACUACAACUUCACGCAUAGCGUUACCUCCGCUGUGGCAUACUCAAAUUCACUGAUGCCGGUAAAGAAUGCUAUAAUUUUCCUCGGUGCUUCAAAAAAACAUUGGAUGUCUAGUUAUUCGAUGCAAGAGGGCUCAAGGCCAUAUACGUUAUGCGAGCUUUUACACUAUUUGCAGAGAAUGGCGUCGAAUUCUAGUGGAUUUAGUGUGUUGCUGGGUCCCCCAUUGGACAGCUACUGCAAUUUGAUUAGCGAAUGGAUCAGACUCGGUGACCCACAAGGGAAACAACGAGAACAGCUUUACCAGGUCUCCUACCAUUGCCGGGUAUUUGGCUUCUACGCUGACUUUGUAAACUACCCCACUGACGUCGGUCACUACUCUCUUGAAUCACCCCUCGCCGCAGUCUCUGUAUUAGUUCAACGCAAGAGCAUUCUGCAAGGCAUCAUUAUGUAUCUCCUCAGCAAAGGCUGGAAGCGUGCUGCUCUCUUCUACGAUAUGACUACCACCAACUUCGAUUUUCCCGGCACUUGGGAUUUAAUCUCAUUGAACGUUCAUCUUUCACGGAAAAGGCAAAAUGUCCCCCAACUCUUAGCGUUGGCAGUGAUACUUGCAAGACCAUCUGUGGCAAUAGAAUUUGUAGUUAGCAUUCAGAAUCUGACCAAAAUUAAGGAGGGGAGGAUAGCACUGAUUCAAGUGGAUCCUAAAGACAUGCUCACCUAUGACGCAUUGCGUGCGUGGCGAUGGCAUUUGUCGAAGGCUGCACCUACAAUGUCCGCCGGACGUUCACUCAUUGUCCUAACUGCACUCCCAAAAGGGACGGUAUACAAAGAGGAAUCAAUUAUAUUUAAGGAGGGAAUAAGUCUACAGGUAGCAAGUGGAGCUGCGCUUGCAAUGCGAUUGGUCCAAAUUCAUAUUCAAGAGGGUGGUGAUCACAUCAACUCCUCCACAAAUUUCUUUGAACCAAUGCGUGCCAAUUCGACUAUUCUUGUACCCGCAUUACCCAACAUUACUUUUCGCUACUCUUGCGAUGAAGGCAAUGUCAUAGAAGGCAAUUUUGAUUUCUUAUUCUUCGCCCUCAGGCCCAAAAUCACUGAUGUUGUUGACACCGAGAACCACACACGAAAGUAUGAAGAUAUUUUCAAUCUCAUUGAUAUCAUUCAUUAUCCUCCGAUACUGCCACAAUGGAAAUGUAAAAUGGAUUGGCCCGGUGAUGGAGAGGGACCCCAGCGCACACAGUGCCUAAUAGCUCCUUGUGAUUUCGAUUCAAUAAAAUCCAUUCUCGUAAUGAACUCACUUGGAUUUCUCUGCGCUUGCUUCAUAUACUUUGGAGCUGUGAUUAUCUACCGGCUUAAUUUCCUCGAAAGUGAUUUUGUAUUCGCUGACGAAGGAGAAAGCGUGAAGGCUGGGAGAUGCGAGGACCGUGGACGAUUGGCGUCAACUUGUGUAGUAGGCUCCUCAUUUCAUGCAUUUAGGACGGAUGCUCAAGCCCAUAUGUCAUCUUCGAGUUUAAGUGAAGAGACUUUGCCAAGCAUAAAGAAGAUGCGGAUUGCAUCGUUAGACGAUGUCAUCAGAAACAAAAGCAUCACGUUCGACUGGGAAUUCAAGCUUUCUCUCAUGAACGAUUUGGUUCGGGUAAGUAGGUACGACAUCAUGUCAUUUCCAUACGUCUCUUCCGUGUAUGUUGAAGCAAAUUCUACAUGCUACAUCACAAAGGGAAUGGAAUACCUUCACAGCACGAGUCUCAAGGCCCAUGGCAGGCUGAAGUCAACCAACUGUGUCGUCAAUUGCCGCUGGGUCCUAAAAAUUACAGAUUAUGGUAUUCCUAAAAUCUACAACUUAAUUGGCAGUUAUCCUUCAAUGGAACCUCAAGAGAAAUUAUGGACAUCACCUGAGUUGCUACGGGAUGAACAAACGGCUUUGUUUGGGACUAGGCCAGGUGAUGUCUACGCAUUUGGCAUAAUAAUGCAUGAAGUGUUCUACCAAACAAAACCGUAUGGACCAGGUGGCCUUCCAGUUAAAGAAAUUCUGAAACGCGUUAUGGGUAAAGAGAGUCCUCCUUUUCGUCCACAACUCCUCGAAGCAGGCAUCCCACCAGCUUAUACAGGAAUUCUUGAACGGGCCUGGUCAGAAAACCCCAGUCUUAGGCCAACAUUCAAGGAGCUGAAGAGAGAGAUUCAGCAAAUGACCAGAGGAAAAAAAACUGAUAUUGUAGAGCAUAUGAUAAAACUGCUGGAGAAUUAUUCGAGCUGGUUGGAAGAACAAGUAAAAACCCGGACAGAAGAAUUGUCAGCGGAGAAGAAGAAGAAGGAUCUUCUUAUUCGUCGGAUGCUACCUCCAGUGGUUGCGGAAGCGUUGAAGGCAGGCAUCGCAGUGGCACCAGAGACCUACGAUGAAGUGUCAAUUUACAUCAGUGACAUCGUUGGGUUUACAACAAUUUCUGCAAUGUCUACGCCACUGCAAGUUGUUGAUCUUCUUAACGACUUGUACACCUUGUUUGACAAAACGAUUGCGAACUACGAUGUCUACAAGGUGGAGACUAUAGGAGACGCCUACAUGGUGGCUUCAGGAUUGCCAGUUCGUAAUGGACGUCAACACGCGAGUGAGGUUGCUACGAUGGCCCUCGAUCUUCUUAGUGUGUGUGGGACUUUCACCAUUAAGCACCUGCCAGAGGUACCUCUGAGGCUACGCAUCGGUCUGCAUAGCGGACCUUGUGUUGCGGGUGUCGUAGGGCUCACGAUGCCUCGAUAUUGCCUUUUCGGUUCUACUGUUAAUCGGGCUCUUAAAAUGGAGUCUUCUGGAGCUGGUUAG